UUAGAAAAAAACAAUAAUCCGAAACAUCACUUUUUGAUGAAUAAUUUUUAGUAAACAGAAAUUUGUAAAAAAAUUGUAAAAAUCAAUAAUAAUGAGUGCACCAUUUUACAUCUACGACCCAUGCGUGUGUACCGGACGGCCGUGCGGUGCGUGCUACCCGUACUCGACUAGGCCAUGCGCAGCAUCCUGCAACGACCUGAGCGCGUGCUCGACGUGCCCCGGCGGUGGCUGCUCACCCUGCCCCGCGCCUGUGCGGCCCUGCCCCGAGCCCUGUCCGCCCACACCCGUUCUACCCUGCCUGCAGCCCUGCCCACCAUGUGAUAAACCAAGGACAUGUUUGAGGCCGCCGUCGCGGCUGUGCGACUCAAUUGCGAUCCCGUGCUGCCGCCCCAACCGCUACAAGCCAUGCCCCUGCUACUGCUGCACUGAGCCCGCUAUCUGCUCACCCAAGCGCUGCAGCUACCCCGGCGUCCCGGUCUGCAACGGCUGCUGCGGUCCAUGCAUGCCUGUUUGGUAGAAUUACACCGACCCCAUACCGCUUCUGUAGUCCCAUAAUAAACUUGUUACAUGUUAUGCCAUUACUGUUCCAAUAAAUAACGUUUGCCAAUCA